UCUCUCAACCCUCCCAAUUCGAUACUGUCACUUCAAUUUGGAUGAAUAUGACGGAACGGAACGCUCGUCUGACUGGGCUGUAGUUUUGUUUCCUGCUUGCACGCGCGAGCAGAGCCCUGGAUUCUGGGUCGUAGCCUCGUAGUGGUGGUUGGACUUCAGAGCAGAACCGUCUGCAGUAAAUCCAAUUUCAAGCGAUGCUGUCUUCGUGUAGCCAGUAUCCUAUUCUACCCCGCCGAAUCUGAAAUCGAUAGGUUUUUGUAGGGACAUCGAUGUGCUAAUGUGAUCCAAUGCAAGUUGUGCUUCGAUUAUCACUUGAGUGGGUGAAUUUAGGCAGAUAUAUGGCAACAUUUGAACACACACCUAAGGGCCUGGUUUGCAGGUGUUCAGUUGAAACCAUCACAUUCAGUAGCAGAAACCCAUCUCCUCAACAGGUGGGAAUGUUCAUUGAGCUCCUCAAAAUCUAUGGUUACUCUGGCAGCUUUCGUUUGUCCAUUUGGAUGCACUGAACCUACGGCUGGGAAACAUGCAGAAAUCUUCCUUCGAUACCUUUUCUGUCGCACACUCAGUCAACUAGUCAGUUUUGACAAAAUUAUCAGGAAGGAGAUCCCAUCUCAGGUGGUUUAUGAGGACCAAAAGGUCCUUGCAUUCCGAGACAUUACACCACAAGCUCCCAUACAUAUUAUAAUCAUACCCAAGGUUAAAGAUGGGUUAUCUAGGCUGUCGAAGGCAGAAGAAAGGCACGUCGAGGUUCUGGGCAAUCUUCUGUAUGCUGCAAACGUUGUAGCAAAGCAGGAAGGGCUUGAGGAUGGCUUCAGGAUUGUCAUCAACGAUGGGCCCGAAGGAUGUCAAUCUGUGUAUCACCUCCAUGUCCAUCUUCUUGGGGGACGGCAGAUGAACUGGCCACCUGGGUGAGUUGGUGUUGCAGUUUUUACAAGAGCAAUUUACAAAUUACACGGCUGGAAUAUUCACUUACUACUGCGGUGUCCUGUACACUGGAGCCUGCGAUGUAAUCUGAGACGAUGCUGACAGCAUACAGACGCGAAGGACGUGUAUAAUCGUUGGCAAAGCUUAACAGACCAUCGAGAUGGUUUUGUCAAGUGUGUAAUUUGUAAAGUAUGCUAGAUGGAGAACGGUCAUCCUUAACCAGACCAUCGUUUGCAAUAUGCGGAGCUCAUCCGUUUCCCUUGCUUCUCA